AUGGCAGUCUAUUCCUCCAAACUCAGCCCUUUCAAAGAGCUAUCUACAACAGGUCUGAUCAGAGGAGACAUGGAGAGCAGCAGCGGAUCUGUUUCUGCUCCGCAGUGCAAUUUGUGGAGACCUUGGAACCAAACGGAACGCACCCAGAGGACGGCUCCUUCUUUGCACGGGGACCUUUCCAGCGCGCAACCCAAGAUUCAGCAAGUCACUCACCCUGUGAAGUUGCUCUGGCCCAGAUCGAGGUGCUUUGAUUAUCUGUACCGGGAGGCAGAAAUGCUUUUGCGCAACUAUCCCAUCCAAGCGACCAUCUGUCCUUAUGAAGACUCCAGCAGUGAUGAAGAAAGCGAGGAUGAGGAAGGGGGGGACACAAGCAGAAUAAUGAAUUAA